AUGGCGCAAACUAGCCUACCUCCUGGUUUCCGUUUCCACCCAACUGAUGUUGAGCUUGUUUCCUACUACUUGAAGAGGAAGAUCAUGGGAAAGAAACUUAUCGUCGAUGCUAUAUCAGAGGUUGACCUGUACAAGUUUCCUCCCUGGGAUCUACCUGACAAAUCCUCCCUUAGAAGCAAAGAUCUUGAAUGGUUCUUCUUUUGUCCUCGUGACAAGAAGUAUCCUAAUGGGUCUAGGACAAACCGUGCCACGCCAAAUGGUUACUGGAAGACUAGUGGAAAAGAUAGAAUAAUUGCACUUAACUCUCGCACUGUUGGAAUGAAGAAAACAUUGAUAUUUCAUGAAGGCAAGGCCCCUAAGGGUGACAGAACUGAUUGGGUGAUGUAUGAAUACAAAAUGGAAGAUGAGGAUUUGGUUUCUGCUGGUUUCUCAAAGGAUGCUUAUGUACUCUGCAAAAUUUUCAAGAAAAGUGGCCUUGGUCCUAGGAUCGGGGAGCAAUAUGGGGCUCCGUUUGAUGAAGCUGAAUGGGAUAAUGCAGAAGCUGAAUCUUCUAUGUUUCCUUUGAUGACCUCUUCAGAAGUAGUGAACCGAACAGAGGGACCACGUGCCCAGCCUGCUGCCCCUGCUGAUGCUCUUCAGGAACCACCUCUACAUAAUUCAUCUGCUACUUGUGCUGGAGAGGAAUCAUCAUUUGAUCAUGCCACUGCAAAUACUUGUGCUGAGGACGUAACGUUUGGCUGUACUGUUGCUAGCUCUGCUAUCCAAGAUAUACCUGCUCAGAUGUCAGGAGAUGGUGUGGUUUCUGUGAACAACAUAUCCAAUGAGGCCAAUGAUAUGUACAGUCCUCAUGACUGUGAUAGUUUUCUAUUGGAGGAGCUGUCUAGAUUUCUGAAUGAUUCUCCUGUGCGUAACACUCCUUUUGGAGAGUGCUCUGGUCUUCCUCCGAUGUCUGAAGCUGAGGCUCAUGCUUUUGAAGUCAACUCUUUUGGCCUCUGCAAUGAAUUAUCAGGGCUUGUUGGGUUAGGAGGCGUGGAUAACAACUUCAACACCAGCAAUGUGGAAACAACAGAUUACCCUGUGCUGCCACCUGACAGAGAACUGUCCGCUGAUGAUUACAUGGAACUAACUGGUCUCCUUGCUCCUGAUCCAAGCUUCCCCAGUGAAUUUCCUGCUCUGGACAAUCAAUAUAUGCAGUAUCCUCUUGCUCAGUACAGUGGACAUUAUGAUGUCCCUACUCUGUCAGGUCCUUCGGAACCAACAAUGCCUAGCAUUUUCGAUGCUUUUCCUCCUUCCAAUAAUGGUGUACUUGCCACAGAUGUGGCAGCUGACUACUUGGACCCAACCAUGCAGUUCCCUUUAUCAUGA